AUGCUCAUGAUGCUUAGUGACUUACUGAUCUACACGCCUGCGACCCUACCAUUGCAGGACGUCAGCAAUGGUGACAAUCCAACAGUCAGUCUCGUCGACGUCAUUGCAGACCACACCGAUGAGAAAGACUUCGAGGACGAGGCCGAAAUCGAUCGGGGCUUUCAGUUCAUUCAAAAUGAGGGGCCGCGUCCUGCGACUGAGAUGGCGCAGCUCCGCUGGAUGACAAAAAAGGCCGGUGCCAGCAAGUCACCUCUCGGUCGCAGUGUUCCCAUGGCCCAGGUGCGCAGCAAUCAGACGCGGCUCAAUUCUCGAGGCGGCAAGGAGCUCGACGACAAGUACUUGGAUCAGGGAGCUCUCCGCAGACGGAGUGGGCACUUUGCGUUCGUGAGCACGAAAGUUACUCCGAGGACAACCAACGGCUUGAUCGACUUGGACUCGCCCGAGCGCCCAACCGCAUCCUUCUCUCGCAUUCCAGUCAAUGUCUCACGCGUUCGCCUCGUACCAGACACAGAAACCGCCGCGCCAGCAGCUUUUUCUUCAAUGGGACCGCCCACUGCUGUCAUGCCUGAGCUUGAAAACUUUAUGGAUCCAGAAGACGAUGCCGCUCUCGAUGCUGUUGCGACGCAGAAGAAGAUGUUGUCGAAGAAAAGGACCAUAUGGACAUUUCUUCGAGGUUGA